CUGGGAGCCCGUCGCGGAGGGGGGCGGGGGGCAGGGAGCGGGAGCCGCCGCCGCCGCCGCCGCCGCCGGAGCUAACCGCAGGGACCGAGAUGCAGGUGGGACCGGAACCGGAACCCCCCUCUUCAAGUCCCUCUUCCCUCUCCGCGACUCGGGCCCGGCGCCUGCGGGGAGCCCUGGGUGGAGGCGGGCGCGGGGGACUCGAGGCAGGAGGGGCGCCCGGCCCCGCAGAGUGCGGCAGACAGGGCUGCGGCCCCGGGGAAUGGGCGGGUAGAGGGUGUCCAGGGUGAAGGGGGUCGGGUCGGAGUGGAUUGAUCACCGGCUCCGGGGGUCCGAGCCUGGAGCAGAGCCUGCACCCUCCACCACCCGGCCUUCGGGAAAUAGCACCACUGAGCCAAGAAGCAGGUGCACUGGGAAAAUGUGUCUGAGUCCCGCUUGGCAGAAGAGAAACUGAGUCACCAGCUCAGGAGCCACAGGGUCAGCGGGCCUGAAGGGGGCUGGGUCUGCCUGUGGUGCAGAGGGUUGGGUGGGCAGUUGUGAGCUGAGGUGGCCUCUGCCUGGAGAUCGGUCUCUGCACCUCUUGGCUCGGUUCCCCUGUGCUCCAUGACUCUUGCAUCUCCUGGCUUCUUCUCGUUGUUUUGGAACUGUCCCUACGGUUGGAGCCAUCUGAGUGUGUAGGGUCUAUAGGCCAAGGAGGAAGGGGAGGGGGCGCUGACCGUGGGUCUGAGCAGGCGUCUGAAGUUUGGGGAGAUUUGCCUGAACUGCCUUCAUCCCGUUGCCAGUCAGAGCUUCCAGUAGAGGAAGGGACACAAACAGAAGAGCCAGGGGUUGUAAAUUCCAUGCCCAGCUCUGCCACUUGCUAGGAGUUGUAAGAUCUUGGGAAGGCUCUUCCUUGCACUGAUUUCUCUUGUAGAAAAUUGGAACCCAUAAAGAUAGUGAUGACGGCAGUCAUCUAUUGUGUGCUUACUUUGUGUCAAGCAGGGACUUGUUAUUCCAUUUAAUUCUCCCAGUAGUUCUGGGGGUUAGGGAUCAUUAGCUCUGUUUUAUAGCUGUAACAGCAAAAGCUCAGAGAGGACAUGUAAUCUGUUGAAGAUCACACAGCUCUUAGGUGGCCGAGAUGGAAUUUUAUCCUAAGUCUAACUCCAGAAACUCUGGCCUUAACCCCAGGCUAACCAGUCUUUAGGGCAUGCUCCCCUGCGAGAGAAGAGGAAGGCGAAAAAUCCCAAGGCCCCAGCUCCCUGAUAUGUUGUAUUUGCUUGUGGCCAGCCAAGACUUGCCCAGACCCAACCCACAGCCUGUCCUCGCCUGGUGCUGCUGCCUCUGGACCCCAGACUGAAAGGGCACCAAAGAAGUGGGAUGUGGCCACUGCAGGCCUCCUUCAGGCAGUGCCUGGGUGCGGGCUCCUGGGGUCGGCUUUCCAGACGGUCGUUUUCACCAUCCAUCCAUCCAUCCUCCUUCAUGAGCAAGCUCCCUCCUCAGAGAUGGACCUUGGACAGCGUGAGGCAGGGUCUCUGAGUUCUGGGACAGUGAGGGGUGGUGACUGAGACUGGGACAGUCAGGCCCCGGGGGACCAGGACUGCGCGCUGGGGAAAACUAGUCUUGGAGUUCUGAAACUUGUUCUGAGCUUCGGUUUCCUCAUCUGUUAUAGAGGUUGUUAAAACCCAUCCCAGGGAAAGCUGCUGCCGCUCACCCCGUGUCUUCUGGCCGCUUCCCUCUUUGCCGCCCCUCCCCACAGGCUCCCCCUCUCCACCUGCUGGGGGCCAUCAUGAAUGGUGCCCCUUCCCCGGAGGACGGGGCCUCCCCCUCCCCUCCCCCUCUGCCCCCGCCCCCUCCUCCCAGUUGGCGGGAGUUCUGCGAGUCCCACGCCCGCGCCGCCGCCCUGGAUUUCGCCCGCCGUUUCCGCCUCUACCUGGCCUCCCACCCUCAGUACGCGGGGCCCGGGGCCGAGGCCGCCUUCUCCCGCCGUUUUGCCGAGCUCUUCCUGCAGCACUUUGAAGCCGAGGUGGCCCGGGCCUCCGGCUCCCUGUCGCCACCCAUCCUGGCUCCUCUGAGUCCUGGUGUGGAGCUCCCGCCACAGGACCUGUCCCUUGAGGGCUGCAGGGCGGGCGGGCCCCUGGCUGUGCUGGGCCCUUCUCGCUCAUCUGAGGACCUGGCCGGCCCCCUCCCUUCCUCGGUCUCUUCCUCUUCUACGACCUCCUCGAAGCCGAAGCUCAAGAAACGCUUCUCCCUCCGCUCCGUGGGUCGCUCCGUCCGCGGCUCGGUGCGCGGCAUCCUGCAGUGGCGGGGCACGGUUGACCCCCCGUCCCCGGCGGGGCCCCUCGAGACCUCCUCGGGCCCCCCCGUGUUAGGUGGCAACAGCAACUCCAACUCCUCCGGCGGGGCUGGGACCAUUGGUCGGGGACUGGUUAGUGACGGCCCGUCCCCCGGGGACAGAUGGACUCACCGCUUCGAGAGGCUGAGACUCAGUCGGGGCGGGGGGGCGGUGAAGGACGGAGGCGGCCUGGUGCAGAGGGAAGAGCUGCUGAGUUUCAUGGGGGCCGAAGAGGCAGCCCCUGAGCCAGCCGGAGUGGGCCGGGGAGGAGGGGCCGCGGGGCCGACCUCAGGGGGAGGAGGGCAGCCUCAGUGGCAGAAGUGUCGCUUACUGCUUCGAAGUGAAGGAGAAGGAGGAGGAGGAAGCCGUCUGGAGUUCUUUGUCCCACCCAAGGCGUCUCGACCUCGCCUCAGCAUUCCCUGCUCCACCAUCACCGACGUGCGGACCACCACUGCCCUGGAGAUGCCUGACCGGGAGAACACGUUUGUGGUUAAGGUGGAAGGCCCCUCGGAGUAUAUCCUGGAGACAGCUGACGCCCUGCACGUGAAGGCCUGGGUGUCUGACAUCCAAGAAUGCCUGAGCCCAGGGCCCUGCCCUGCGACCAGUCCCCGCCCCAUGACCCUCCCCCUGGCCCCCGGGACCUCAUUUCUGACAAGGGAGAACACAGACAGCCUGGAGCUGCCCUGCCUGAAUCACCACUCAGAGAAUCUGCCCAGCCAGGGGCUGCUGCUGGGGCCCAGCGAGAGCAGCGACCGCCUGUCGCAGGGGGCGUAUGGGGGCCUCUCAGACCGCCCCUCGGCAUCCAUCUCCCCCAGUUCCACCUCCAUCGCCGCCUCCCAUUUUGAUUCAAUGGAACUGCUUCCCCCAGAGUUGCCCCCCCGAAUCCCCAUUGAAGAGGGACCCCCAGCAGGGACGGUUCAUCCCCUCUUGGCCCCCUACCCACCCCUGGACACUCCGGAAACAGCCACAGGGUCAUUCCUGUUCCAGGGGGAGCCAGAGGGAGGCGAGGGGGACCAGCCCCUCUCAGGGUAUCCUUGGUUCCACGGGAUGCUCUCUCGACUCAAGGCCGCGCAGCUAGUGUUGGCCGGAGGCACCGGCUCCCACGGUGUUUUCCUGGUACGUCAGAGCGAGACAAGGCGGGGCGAAUAUGUCCUCACUUUCAACUUCCAGGGCAAGGCCAAGCACCUACGUCUGUCGCUGAACGAGGAAGGUCAGUGUCGGGUCCAGCACCUGUGGUUCCAGUCCAUUUUCGAUAUGCUCGAGCAUUUCCGGAUGCACCCCAUCCCUCUGGAGUCUGGAGGCUCCAGUGACGUUGUCCUUGUCAGCUAUGUCGUGUCCUCCCAGCGACAGCAGGAACCGAGCACCUCCCAUGACCCACCCCAGCCCCCUGAACCCCCUUCGUGGACAGAUCCCUCACAUCCUGGGGCAGAAGAGGCGUCGGGGGCGCCAGAAGUGGCGGCAGCAGCAGCCACCGCAGCCAAAGAGAGGCAAGAGAAAGAGAAAGCGGGCAGUGGAGGGGUCCAGGAAGAGCUGGUCCCCGUGGUUGAGCUGGUCCCCGUGGUUGAAUUGGAAGAGGCCAUAGCAUCAGGCGCGGAGGCCCAGGGAGGCGCUGAAUCUGGUGGGGCCCCGGGGGGGACCCUGAUGGUGCAGCUCCAGCAGUUACCACUAGGGGGCGAUGGAGAAGAAGGGGGCCAUCCCAGAGCCAUAAAUAACCAGUACUCCUUCGUGUGAGACACCCUCCCCCACCCUUUCUGCACUCUUCUUGCUCCCCAGCCCUCAGUUCCUGAGACUGGAGCUGUGCAGGGCCAUAGAGGAGCCGUAGGCAUCCCCUCCCCACAUGCUUCCUGACCCUUGACGGCCAAGGGCAAAUAUGUUGGUACAAAAAGGUUCAAGAGCCCUGAUAACUCCCCAGUUCAUACACUACAGGUGCCCCGGUCCCCUGGGCAGGGGAUUCAGGCUCCAUUACCUCCCCAAGGGGCUCUUAUGGUCAGCCCCACCCCUGGGGGCCAUUUCCGCAUUAACCACCCCUCAGCCCAAGGAAGGGUGAGGGGGAAGGGCUGUCAGUUAUAUUAAGGUGGUUGUUGUUGUUGUUUUAAACAAAAUGGAGAAGCAUAAAUAAAUAAAAGGGUUUAUCUCAGUUCCAUCACGA